AUGCUUUCCUUCGCUCACCUCCAAUUCGGCACCCUCCUCCAAGCCACCUUCCUCCUCGGCAUGAACACAGCCCUAUCCACCAUCUCUAUUCCCUCCAUCCUCGAGUCCCCCUCUCCAAUCCUCGCAAUCCGGCAAUGGCACUACCAGUUCCGCGCUGCGCAAGUCCCCGCUACUUCGCUCUCGGCCUCUAACCUCAUCUUGUCCGCCAUCAUGACAUACGGCUCUUCCACCAAACACGGGCUUACGGGCAAGACGACCAUCAUCUACGGUGUCAGCAGCGUGUUGGCUUUUCUCAUCUUUCCUUUCACACUUCAUUACAUGAACCCGGUUAAUGAUGUGUUGAUUGAGAAGUUCCGGGCGCAAAAGGAUUUGCAUUACGCGGACCUGCCAGAGAAAGGCAGGGGAAUGCAGACUGCAAGGGAUCACGACAAGAUUGCUUACUGGGGGUACCUCAACCGUGUGAGGAUCGUGCUUUAUGCUGGUUUCGUAGCUUGCAAUGCUGCUGCUAUUUUGGCAUAG